GGUGGGUGGUCUAUUGGACUGCAGGGGAAUCUAAGGUGCAUUCAUUUUUGAUUUGGAGUAAAAAGGCAGGACUUUCCCUCAAAAGUACAGUAAAACUCUGGUAAUCCGGUGUCCAAUUAUUCGGAGGUCCUGAUUAUUCAGCAACUGGCUCACUCAUUAGCAUCAGGAACUGAAUGAGUCUUUUCUAGUCUGUUUCGACAUUUUCUGCGCUGCCAAAUGCCAAGUGCAUUGCUGAGUGUUGUUUAGUUUACGCCGUAUCUUUAUUUUUUCAAGCCACCCUCAAUUCAUAAUGGAUUUUAAUAUGAGUAAUGAUGGUAGGGAUGGUAAAAGUGUAAAAAGGAAGCAUGUGACUCUAACAAUACAUCAGAAAUUGGAGAUCAUUAAACGGCUUGAGGAAGGUGAGAAUCGUCAUGUUAUCAUGGGAGAAUACAACAUUGGAUCAUCUACAAUAUAUGACAUCAAGAAACGGAAAGGCGAAUUGCAGUUAUUUCUAGCUGAGUCUGAUACCACUAAAGGAAUUGAUGCACGGCAUACCUUGAAAAAGCCAAAGUUGUCUCAGUUAGAUUCCGCUUUGUAUAAGUGGUUUCUUACUAAGCGUUCUGAAGGGAAGCAAAUAACUGGACCUAUGCUCAUUGAAAAAGCAAAAGACUUUCAUCAGGAAAUGAAGCUAACUGAGCAAUGCGCAUUUUCUGAAGGUUGGCUUCGUAACUUUAAAGAUCGUCAUGGUAUUCGUAAGCCGUCUGUUUCAGGAGAGCCCAAGUCAGCUAAUCAUACAUUUGCAGAGGACUUUGGUGAAUUUUUUAAGCCGUUAAUUCAGAAACAUAAAUUGUCACCCGACCAAGUUUACAAUGCGGAUGAAACAGGGCUAUUAUGGCGCUGUUUGCCAAACAGUAUGUUAGAUGGUGGAGAUGAAAAAUGUGCUCAGGGUUUUAAACGAAAUAAGGACAGGAUCGCAGUCCUUGUUUGUGGUAAUGCUUCUGGUAGACAUAAACUGAAACUUUUUGUUGUUGGUAAAUACAAGAAAUCUAGAGCUUUCAAUGGUAUCACUUAUUUACCCGUUGUCUAUGAUGCUCAAGAAAAUGCCCGGAUGACUGCGGAGCUCUUCAAAGAGUGGUUUUUUCAUCAUUUUGUUCCAGAGGUCAAAGAAAAUUUUAAAAGGCUGGGCUUGCCUGAAGAUAGUACAGCUAUUCUUCUAAUAGAUAAUUGUAAGGCACAUCAUCCUGCUUCAGAACUUGUUUGUGGCAAUAUUUCUGCUGAGUAUCUGCCUGCCAGUGUCACAUCACUCAUCCAACCAAUGGAUCAGGGGGUAAUUCAGAGAUUCAAAACUGCUUACAAGGGAUCUUUCAUUCGCAAAUUGCUGAAUUCUAAUUGCAUUGUACAAGAUUUUCAAGCUUCAUUUAAUCUUAAAGAUGCUAUUUAUGCUGCAGCUUUAGCAUGGAAGGAUGUCUCAAGUAUCAUCUUGCAAAGAUCGUGGAGGAAAAUAUGGCCUAGUGUAAAAUUUGGGCGAUAUUAUUUAAAGGAAGAAGAGUUUGAGGGAAUCAGUGCUAGACAAACUGGACUCGGAGACAUUUUGAAAAUAAUGGAAGAGGCUCCAACUGAGAAUCCUGUCAGCAAACUUACAGAAGAAGAAAUGGAGGAAUGGUUUGAUGAAGAUGGGGACCCAGAAGUAGUUGAAAUUGUAACAGAUGCACAGAUAAUUGACAUGGAUUUUAAUCUUAAUAAGGUCAAGGUAAUGGAAGAAGAGGAAAAUUAUGAGGGACAAGAAGGAGGAACUAGAUACACCUGGCAUCAGGCUACAGAAUUUAUAACAAAGUUUGUGGAAUUUGCAGAGUACAACAGCCAGUACAGUGCUGCAGAAGUAAUGAACUUGCAUAUUAUACUGAACAAUUUCUAUGAGAAAAAAGCAGCAUCAAAUAAACAGGCAGACCUCAGAGACAUGUUCAAGAAAGCAAUCAAGAAAGCAGGUCCAUGUAGCCCUACUCCUUCGACUUCUUCUACACCAGAUCUAAUUAUUGUUUCUGAUAUUGAGCCUAAGACUGAAUAUUGAAGACAACCUUGAUGACCAAUUGCUUGCGGCUGAUAUAGUAGUGCAGCUGGUUUGAAGGAUUUAAAUUUUCUCUAUUUUAUAAGUACAGUACUGUACAUUAAGCAGAACUGAAAAUGUGUAUUUUUAUGUAUGAUCACAGUACUGUAACUUAUUAUGAACUGAAAAUAGUUUAAGUUGUGAUUGAUGGAUAAGUACAGUAUACACUAUUGUUUAAAUGCUGUUAAAUAAGUUUCAUACUAAUAUGCUGCCAUGGAUAACU